CGCGGCCCGUGUUGUCUGACGCACUCAAGAGAUGGAUUUAAGUGAUAGAUAUGUAUGACUAUCAACUUGAUCCUAUCAAAGGUUCAUACAACAAAGUGGCAGAUGCGCUGUCAAGAAGGGUUGACUAUCUAGGCGCACUAGUAACUGAAUUCGACAUAUCUAAUGAUCUUACUCGAUCACUGGUGGAAGCCUAUCAGGGAGAUGCAGUUAUGUCAGAGAUCAUUCGUAAAUUCCAAGCAAAGGACAAGAAGACUUUGGACGAAUUUACCAUGGUAGAUGGCUUGCUGUUCCUUGAAAAGGCAGGGUUUAAAAGACUAUGUGUCCCGGAUAGUGAGUCUUUGCGUAGUUUAUUUUUAGGAGAAUGUCAUGAUGCUGUAGGUCAUUUUGGUUAUAAGAAGAUAUCAGCAAACUUAGUACAAAAGUUUUGGUGGCCUUCUAUGAUGAAGGAUGCAAAACUGUAUGUCGAGACUUGUCAGGUUUGUCAAAGCGACAAACCUAGGACUCAGGCUCCGCUUGGGCUGAUCAAGCCCUUGCCGAUCCCGGAAGGUCCAGGUCCGAGUGUCUCCAUGAAUUUUAUGGACACUCUUGUGACCAGCAAAACCGGCAAACGACACAUAUUCGUCAGAGUAGAUCGCUUUACUAAGUAUGCCAGACUUAUCGCUAUGCCGGAGACAACAAAGUCAGAUCACGUCAUCAAAUUGUUUAUGGAUAACUGGGUAAGGGAUUUCGGUCUACCUACGUCUAUCGUAAGCGACAGGGAUGUAAGAUUUACCAGCGAACUGUGGCAGUCUACAGCUGAACAGAUGAAAACCAAACUCCAGAUGACAUCAGGGAAUCAUCCUGAGUCAAAUGGACAGGCAGAACAGAUGAACCGAGUGGUACAGCAUUUGCUGCGGCACUACAUCAAGCCAAGUCAGGAUGACUGGGACGAUAAGUUACCUCUCGUCGCCAACCUGUAUAAUAAUGCAGUGCACAGUGCUACCGGAAUGACUCCUAACCAACUGCAUCUUGGUUGGAAGCCUAGAACUGCCUUGGACUUCUUACUACCGGAAAGAGAAUCCACUGCAGCACCUGGCAGCAUAGAGUUUGCUGUUAAGUAUGAACAGAUGCUGCAGCAAGCCGUAGAGCACAUUAGAAAAACUCAAGAUGCAAUGAUAGCAUCUGAGAAUAAGCAUAGACGGCCUUCUAAUUUCCAGGAGCAUGAACUGCUCGAGCACUUCCAGCCGCCCAUUUCGGACGCUCUUCUCCGGAACCGGUUCAACGACGAUCGGCAGCUGCGCUUCGACAUUCAGCAGGUAAACGUGCCAGCACCCAGCGUUGCUGACUUGGCGGUGUACUCGCUCCUCGCGCAGCGGGUGACGUACGCGGGUGUCUAUGUGGACAUAUCGCCCGUGCCUGGCCAGGAAUCCACGCGAGUGUUCAUCGAGUUCCGAGCCAUCCAGGUGUCUACGAACUUUGUGCACAGCAUCGCUACGUUCAUCGGGGAUUUGACCGUCUUGCCCGGGCACGAUCCGGAGACGACGUACAGGUUCUUGCGCGAUUACGCCCUUCAAGUGGCGAGAUCAGUGGCGCGAGUGCAGGCGAGGGGCACUCAUCGCUUCACUGCAUACGAAGUACUUCUGCGGCGGACUCCGGAGGGAGCACUUGCAUUGCUGCCGCAGCUUCCCGCACUCCUUCCUCCCGCCGAGCCCCUCAACAUCCAAGCUGUCCCUCCCCCUUUUCUCCAAAAUUCUCCCUUCUUCUCUUACACUACCCUCCCUUAUCAGCUGACACAGCUUCCUUAUCCUAUGCGCAACUUUCCUGAGUACCUGGUGGAGCUGACGGACGUGGAGCAGUUGCCGCCCCCCGACGAGGACGCGUGGGAGCUGCAUCGGGCGCUGUAUUCAUCGGUGGUGCUGGGCAUGUUCACAUUCUUCGUGGAACACGAAGUUCAUAACGUCGGUGAGUUCUUCCACGUAUACUACGUGAUCUUCAAGCCGAAGCCGGAGCGGAAGGAGGGAACUGUGGCGCUUUAUCCUUUCGGGAGAAUCGGAACGAAUCGCCCGGGGCUCUUACAGCUCAUUCACAUCGAGCUGCUGUCCAUUGCGCAGGUAGUCGCCGCGGAAGAAGAAGACUUACAGCUCAGACUAUGGACCGCCUCUGCUCCGUGCAGAUCGUAUAACGCGGCGGUGAUACUUAAUUACCUGGCGCGUAAGGGGGAGUCCGUGGUGGACUUCGGGCACGAAGAUAAGCCGCUGCGGCCUCCAUCAUCGUAUCCAAAGCCGGCGGCCCUGAAGGCACCAAGAAAGAGAACCGUCCCGAAGCAGCGACGAAGUCCAUCGCCGGAAGCUUAGGCCAGUCGAGUGGGGCCUGUCGAGGAGGUCGUCCAGCCUGCGCYGGUGUGCGAAGUCGAUCCGGUUCGCGAGAGAAGAGCCACACUCGUCAUAGGGCCCCAACCGGGGGAGGACCGCCCCGCCAAAGAACCGCG